AUUCUAGAUGGGGCUGUAUUUUACAUUAAUCAAAUAAUUCAACACAUACAUCUGAAGCAUGAAAUUGUAUCCACCAAAAACAGUUUUAUAAUUGCGUGACCAGGACUUACGUCAGCGGCUCACAGACGCCUUCUUAUUUUUGUAAACGGGUGAUAUUCUAAAAUUCCUUCUUUGAAAUGGCCUGGAUGACGUUGUAUGUUAUUUUCGGGACCUUUAUCUUGUUGUCCCUGAUGGCUGUUGGAAAAAUGUGUGGCCCCGCGGAAUACGAAAGUCACGAUGCUGAAUGCUGUCCCAUGUGUGGAAUAGGUAUGAUUGUUUUGAGAGACUGCACAUCAGAUUCAAGCACAACAUGCAGGCCUUGUGUUGACCAAACAUAUAUGGAUGAACCUAAUGGUCUGAAACGCUGCUCUCAGUGCAAAAUUUGUGAUUCAGGGCAUGGGCUUUAUGUCCUUAGAAAAUGUACCACAUUUAGCAACACAGUCUGUGAUGUUCUGGAUGGAUUUUAUUGUGGAGCACUUUCAGGAGAUAAUGAAUGCAGCUUCGCAUUAAAACAUAAGUCUUGUCUCCCUGGUCAGCAGAUUAAAACACCAGGAUCAAAGAUGAGAGAUGUGGAGUGUGAGGACUGUCCAUACGGCUAUUACUCAACACAGGGUGUAAAUUGCACACCAUGGAAAAUCUGUAACAUUGAUGAGGAGAAGAUUGAAGAUGGAACCAAAGAGAAAGAUGUUGUUUGCCAGAACUUAACCAGGAGACACAGAUAUAUUCCGUGUUUUGUUGGCAUAUUAUUUCUGAUUCUUUCAGCUGGAUUGUUUCUGUUACUUUGUGCAAAGGCAGAUAAUUGCAGAAGUUGGAAGUUUCCAGUACAAGAAUCAGACAGAAACUCACAGACAGGAGGAACACAU